AUGACAAUAAACGGUGGUUUCGUAUUAAAUGGAAAUCAAUCAUUUCAAAAUUUAUAUGGAACAUCAUUAGAAAUGUGUUCUAAUUCACCAUUAACAGGUUAUUUUCGUAAUGGUUAUUGUGCAACAUGUCCUGAUGAUUAUGGUUUACAUACUAUAUGUGCACAAAUGACACAAGAAUUUCUUGAUUAUACAAGUUCACAAGGAAAUGAUUUAACUACUGCACAUCCACCUGUUUUUCCAGGUCUUAAAGAAGGUGAUAAAUGGUGUUUAUGUGCAUCUCGAUGGUUUGAAGCUUUUCAAGUUGGUAAAGCACCAAAUAUAUUUGCACGAGCAACAAAUUCAGCAAAUUUACAACAAGAUCAAAUCAAUAGUUUACUUUCAAAAGCUAUUGAUAUGAUGCAACAUUAA